AUGGAUCCGGCGCGGAGCGCCCCCCGGGGGUCUUCGGAGCCUACCCCCGCCGUUGCCCAGGAGCCGGCGCAGGGCGCCCUCCAGGAGUCCGCCCGGGGCGCUCCCCGGAAGUCCGCGGAGGCUGCCUUCGCCGUCGCGCCCGAGACUGGAGGGCAGCGAAGCGGCGACAAGCGGCCACUGCCGGAUGCCCCAGGGUCGGCGUCGGGCCCCGAGGCAAAGCGCGCGCGCCAUCCUUGUUCUUCAGGAAUCGCCGCCCCCCGUGGUCUCAUCGUGCAGCUGGCACCCAAGAAGGCGUUGCGGGUGUCAUCCUCCUCCGUGGGGUGGACCGCGGUCCCGCUCGCGGCGAGCAGCGGGGUCCCCGAGCGUCGUCCCCAGGGUCCUCAGGUCGGGGAGGUGAUCGACCUUGACGCCGACGAGGUGGAGGGGAUGACGGCGAUGGGAGGUGGGUCGGAUGUCCCCGGAGCCGCGGCGGGAUCGGUGGUGGCGGCGACAGAAGAGGGAGCGUCUGCCUCCGCGGCCGUGGCGGAGGAGGCAGCGGUGACGGAGACGGGGACCUCCGCCCCGGAGGUCCCAGUGGAGGUGACACCGGCGGCGGAAGCGGAGGAGCCCGCUCGAGGGACUCCGGCAGGAACGGGGGAGUCUCCCUCGGUGGUUGCGGCGGAGGGCGAGGUGACCGCGGGGGUACUUGUCCCACGGCCCAUGUCGGAGGCGGCGGGACCGUCGGGCUCUCCAAGACUGCAGUCGGGGGAAAUCUGA